GUUCACGUGUGAUUCCAUCAACUUAAUCGUGGUCCUCAUUACUACUUUUGAUUUACCCUAAGGCGCUAGUUGCUAACACAAUGUUGACCAAAAUUAUUCCCGUUCUAACAGUUUUAUUUCCAAUUAUAAGAUGUGAAUUAACCGCUCCAGGAAUAGAUAGAACUGUAAGCGAUGGUGUCAAAAGUGUUGGUUUUAAUAUAGUAUACGGUGAUGAAGAUAUGCAAGUAAUUAACGAAGUUGUUAGCAAUGAAGAGAAGAUAGAUGCUUUGAAAAGCAAAAUUAAUUUAAAUGAGGCUCUGCCUCCGCUACCAUAUGAAGACGUGAAAUGUUUGAUGUCUGUUGACCGAUAUUGUUCAAAAUCUAUGCGUGCUAUAAAAAACGUUUUAAUAGAUGCAUUAAAAGAUGACUGCGCUAAAUGUUCGGCCGAUGAAAAACAAAGCGCGGGAAAAGUUGUCGCGUCCAUGAUGGCACACGAUCCUGUUGCGUGGAAGUUGUUUCUCACCAGGUCAGCAUUAAUUAUAUUGCCAAAAAAGGAGCCGCCUAGAGAAGAAAAACAUAAAUACAAAAUUAUAGGAUCACCAGAAUACAUAGAAAAUAAGAGAAAUCGAUAUACAAUGCCUGGUGUGAAAGUAAGAGUAAAAAGAUAUGCUGUUGAGAAAAUAAAUUAAAUCUGAGCCUACUAAAAUAACUUGCUAGUGAUAAUAUGAUGAACGUUUUAAGUUUCUAUUUAAUUAUUAUGUACUGUUAAAAGUCUCUCGAAUAAUAGGUUUUAUGAGAUUAAGUUACCAUAACAUCGUUUUUAAAGAACGCAUACAAGAGUAUAAGUUGUAGGUUGAAUUUUUGGUGAAUUUUAAAUUGUGGCGGGAUAAAAUAAUAUAAGUAGGAUUAAAUGCGUUAAAACGCUUCAUUUCAAAAUUUAAAUUAAAUUCAUGUAAAAUCUAACAAGUAAAUACUAGUGUGUUGUAUGUGUUUUACUACUAGCCUAAAUUAAAAUUAAUUAAUUCAAAAUAAAAUUGUAUAAGCUGUAAAUAUCUAAUAGUAGUACCAAAAUACAUUAUAUUUACCAUAUUUACAUCAUAAUUUUAUCCAGGAAAGGUCUAACGGGUAGCUUCGAUGCUAGAUUAAGAAUUCGAAAAAUAAAGUCUUCUUAAAUGAAA